AUGGACAAGAUGAAGCAGAGCCCUGCCGACGACCUCAUCAUCACAAACGAUGGGGCAACAUUCUUGGAACACAUGCACGUGGACAAUCAGAUUGCAAAGGUAGCCAAGAAGAAUAUGUAUGCCUUUAGUACCAAUACUUACUCUGGCUUCCAAUGCACUGUGUCUGAUGAGUCAUCAGAGAAAUUCAAGGGUUUGCCAGGUGUUCAAUGGGUACUCCUUGAUUCCUACAUUGAUGUUAAAAACAAGGAUUAUGGAGGUGAUAAGUAUGUAAAGGGUGAGAUAAUUCCCUGCAAAUACCGAACUUAUCAACCGAAGCAACGGAACAGUUCAAAAUAUGAGAGCAGAAGGUAUGAUAGAUGGAGAGAUGGACCUCCUUCAGAUCGCAGAAAACCAAAGCCAUAGAAUUUCCUCAGGCCGAAUCAACUUCGUCAUGAAGUAAAACUCAUAAGAUUUAACAUUAUUCAUCUGGAUUUUUUCGUUCCCUGGCUCAUUGACUGUUUUAACUCCAAUACUUCGUUUUGUAUGGGCACUGCUUUCUUGGGCACUCAGCUAAGGGUGACAUCAUCGAUUAUGAUAGAAGCAGCAUAAGUUCUUUUUUCUUCUUUUUUUGUUGAUGGUGUGACUAUCAAGCAUACAGCAAGCAGCAUUUAUGUUUCAUCUUUGAG